AUGUCGACAUACGCUCUAUCCGAAGCCCACAAAGAGUUGCUGGAGAAGCCUCUCAGGGAACUCGAUCCCGAGGUGGCCCAGUUGAUGGACCUUGAAGUCAAGCGUCAGAAGGAGUCCAUCCUGCUCAUUGCCUCCGAGAACAUCACCUCCCGCUCGGUUUUCGAUGCUCUUGGUUCGCCAAUGUCCAACAAAUACUCCGAGGGUUACCCAGGAGCCAGAUACUAUGGUGGAAACCAGCACAUUGAUAGCAUCGAGCGAUUGUGCCAGCAGCGUGCCCUCAAGGCCUUCAACUGCGACCCUGCAAAGUGGGGUGUCAAUGUUCAGACUCUCUCUGGCAGCCCUGCCAACCUCCAGGUCUACCAGGCCCUCAUGAAGCCACAUGAUCGAUUGAUGGGAUUGGAUCUGCCUCACGGUGGUCAUUUGAGCCAUGGUUAUCAGACUCCUGCUAAGAAGAUCUCUGCCGUCUCGACCUACUUCGAGACCAUGCCAUACAGAGUGGAUACCAAUACCGGCAUCAUCGACUAUGACAUGUUGGAGAAGACUGCCAUUCUUUACCGUCCAAAGAUCUUAGUUGCUGGAACCAGUGCCUACUGUCGUCUCAUUGACUAUGCUAGAAUGCGCAAGAUCGCUGACUCCGUCGGUGCUUACCUUGUCGUUGAUAUGGCCCACAUCUCCGGUUUGAUCGCCGCCGGUGUGAUCCCGUCUCCAUUCGAGCACGCUGAUGUUGUCACUACUACCACCCACAAGAGCUUGCGAGGUCCUCGUGGUGCUAUGAUCUUCUACCGAAAGGGUGUUAGGUCUGUUGACGCCAAGGGCAAGGAGACUCUCUAUGAGCUUGAGGAUGCUAUCAACUUCAGUGUCUUCCCUGGUCACCAGGGUGGUCCUCACAACCACACCAUCACAGCUCUCUCUGUUGCCCUUGGUCAGACUUUCACUCCAGAGUUCAAGCAAUACCAGGAACAAGUUAUCAAGAACGCCAAGGCUUGCGAAACUGAAUUCAAGGCCCUCGGUUACACUCUCGUCUCUGGUGGAACUGAUAGCCACAUGGUUCUCCUCGACCUUCGUCCAAAGGGUCUUGAUGGUGCCCGUGUCGAGGUCGUUCUCGAGUACGCCAACAUUGCUUGCAACAAGAACUCCAUCCCCGGUGACAAGUCUGCUUUGACACCCUGCGGUAUCCGUAUCGGUGCUCCAGCUAUGACCAGCCGUGGAUUCGGAGAGGAUGACUUCAAGAGGGUCGUUAGGUAUAUUGACCAAUUGAUCAACAUCACAAAGGAAGUUCAAUCCGAGCUACCAAAGGAGGCCAACAAGCUCAAGGACUUCAAGGCCAAGAUUGCCCAGGGUAUUCCAGAGAUCCAGGAGAUCCAGAAGGAGAUCAUCGCAUGGGCUUCCACUUUCCCACUCCCAGUCUAA